GGCUGUGGGGCUGAGCUGUAGGGCCGGGUUAUGGGGCUGAGCUGUAGGGCUGGGUUGUGGGGCUGAGCUGUAGGGCUGGGCUGUGGGGCAGAGCUGUAGGGCUGGGUUAUGGGGCAGAGCUGUAGGGCUGGGUUAUGGGGCAGAGCUGUAGGGCUGGGCUGUGGGGCAGAGCUGUAGGGCUGGGUUAUGGGGCUGAGCUGUAGGGCUGGGUUAUGGGGCUGAGCUGUAGGGCCGGGUUAUGGGGCUGAGCUGUAGGGGGCUAUGAGGCUGAGCUGUAGGGCUGGGCUGUGGGGCUGAGCUGUAGGGCUGGGUUAUGGGGCUGAGCUAUGGGGCAGGCUAUGGGUCAGAUCUAUGGGCCAGAUCUAUGGGUCAGGCUGUGGAUCAGAUCUAUGGGUCAGGCUAUGGGUCAGAUCUAUGGGCCAGAUCUAUGGGUCAGGCUGUGGAUCAGAUCUAUGGGUCAGGCUAUGGGUCAGAUCUAUGGGCCAGAUCUAUGGGUCAGGCUGUGGAUCAGAUCUAUGGGUCAGGCUAUGGGUCAGAUCUAUGGGGCAGGCUACAGGUCAGAUCUAUGGAUCAGAUCUAUGGGUCAGAUCUAUGGGUCAGAUCUAUGGGGCAGGCUAUGGCUCAGAUCUAUGGGUCAGAUCUAUAGGGCAGGCUACGGGGCAGAUCUAUGGGGCAGAUCUAUGGGCCAGAUCUAUGGGGCAGAUCUAUGGGUCAGAUCUAUGGCGCAGUCUAUGGGUCAGAUCUAUGGGGCAGAUCUAUGGGGCAGUCUAUGGGUCAGAUCUAUGGGUCAGAUCUAUAGGGCAGGCUACGGGGCAGAUCUAUGGGGCAGGCUAUGGGUCAGGUCUAUGGGGGAGGCGACAGGUCAGAUCUAUGGGGCAGGCUGUGGAUCAGAUCUAUGGGGCAGAUCUAUGGGGCAGGCUAUGGGUCAGAUCUAUGGGGCAGAUCUAUGGGGCAGGCUAUGGAUCAGAUCUAUGGGGCAGAUCUAUAGGGCAGGCUACGGGUCAGAUCUAUGGGGCAGGCUAUGGGUCAGGUCUAUGGGGGAGGCUACAGGUCAGAUCUAUGGGUCAGUUCUAUGGGGCGGAUCUAUGGGGCAGGCUAUGGGGCAGACUAUGGGUCAGAUCUAUGGGUCAGAUCUAUGGGGCAGGCUACGGGUCAGAUGUAUGGGUCAGAUCUAUGGCUCAGAUCUAUGGGGCAGACUACGGGGCAGAUCUAUGGGGCAGAUGUACGGGUCAGGCCUAGGGGGCAGAGGCACGGCCGAGCGGCGCGGGGCGGCGGCGCGGUUCGGAGCUCCGCAGCGCCCCCAAGCGGCCGUUGUCGCUGCCCGCAGGCGGCUGCGCGUUCCCGACGCUCCGUCCCGGGGAGCGCACCCUGCUGACCGUGGACGCGCGCGCCGCCGGGCCCGGCAAGGUCACGUGCUCCGUGCUCAGCCCCGACGGCGCCGAGGUGGACGUGGACGUGGCCGAGAACCCCGACGGCACCUUCCACGUGUCCUACACCGCGCCUGA